UGUUGCUAUGGUUAAAAAAAGUUGACGAAAUCUAAAUGUAAAUAAUUUGGUAUUUUUGCUAUACUGAUUGAUAAAUCUUCUUUUAAAAUAUAUUGACUUAAUUAAUUCAAUAUUAAUGAAAUACUGAAUAUGUUAAAAAUAGGUAGUAAAAGGCGAAUGAUUUCACCAAAAAGAGAGAAAAAACAAAAAAAACUAGAUCUAGUGUUUAUUCUUACUGCUUUUACUGAAUUUAGUAAAUUGCUGGAAAUCUUGCGCUGUCAGAUUCUGAAUAAAUGUAUGAUAUCAAUACUUGAAUGAAACAAUAUCACCAGAUCAAUUUGUUGAUGAAAUUGAAAAUCGCAGCGGUAGUGUGAGAAACUAAAAUAAUCAUUUUUGUUUAUCAUUCAGUUUUAAACUCUACAUCAGAAGAGAAUUUUGUUCAGUUGUAACUUCUGGAAAAAAACUAAUUCACAAAAGAAGAAAUUGUUGUUGUCUUGGCUACAAAUAUUUUGUGCACUAGUUACAUCACACAUCAGCAAAAUGCUUCUUGGAUCCUCCUUGUCAAACCAAGCUCGUUUGUCUCAUACUAAUCUCACACCAAAUAAUCAGUUCAGAAGCAACAGCGAUAGCAGUCGACACAAGAGAGCCAAAGUUUAUGAAGUAAAUCAUUUGUUAAGGCGAUACAAAAUUGUUAUCAACGUGAGCGGUACCAUUUAUGAGACGUUUAGUUCAACACUAAACAAGUAUCCUGAAACUCUGCUUGGCUCAUUUGAAAAACGAUUGUUACUAUACAACAAACGAAGUCAGCAAAUAUUCAUCAACAGAUCCCGCGCUGCUUUCGAAGCCAUUUUGUUUUAUUAUCAAUCCAGUGGAAGAUUAGUGUGCCCUACAAUGAUUUGUAUGGAAGAUUUUGUAGAGGAAUGUUAUUAUUACGACAUUUCAAGUACCGCGAUCAAAAGUAUGAAAGAGCGAGAGAAUUACUUAUUUAAACGGCGGAGGACAAUGCCUCCAAAUUACAGAAAGAUUAAACAUUUUGUUUGGUCGUUUUUUGACAAUCCAAAAUCUAGUAAUAGUUUGGCUGCUUCAUUUUAUUGCUUGUUUUCUUAUAUUCUCGUUUUAAUCUCAAUUGGGAUAUAUUGUGUGGAAACUGAACUUCUUUUACAGUUUAAACAUGAUGAAUUAAAGAAGCAUCUCUUAAAUCUACAUGUCGUAGAACUUACUUUAAAUAUUUUCUUUGCAACAGAACUGUUAAUACGAUUCAUUGUAAACCCAUGGCCAACUGAAUUUUUCUUCAUGACGUUAAAUCUCGUCGAAGCUGUCUCGAUUACCUUGUUUUUGGCAUUUUACGCAUGUCCUUAUUACUACUUAAGGUUGUGGUCUUUUAGGAUAUCCAGAAUCCUUCGUUCAUUUCGUCUUGUAAGGAUAUCGAGACUUUCAAGCUUAGUCAAGGCAGCAGUCUCAGUUGUCCAGACGUCGUUCAAUGAAGUUGUCGCCGUCUCCUUUGUCGUUUUAAUCGUGUGCAUUUUACUUGGAAGCACCAUGUACUUUGUCGAAUAUCAACAACCAAAUACAAAUUUUACCAGCAUACCAAACUCGAUGUGGUGGGCGAUUCAAACAGUUCUCUGUGUCGGUUAUGGCGACAUUAUACCGACGAGUGUGUCCGGCAAAUUAGUGGGUGGAGUGAUGCUCUACAUUGGGGUUGUUUGUAUCGCCAUUAUGUUGUUGUCUUUGGGUGGAAGAAUUUUUGAUAUGUACUCGAAAGAAAUAUCCAAAACGACAUUCUUACCAUCAGAAAAAGUAGAUUAUGAAAUUCAUUAUCAAUAAACUUUCACACGAACGUGAUAUUAAACCUAGAUACGGGAACAAUGUUACUAAUCUAUAUUUAAACUGAAUGAACAACUGUCAAUAGCUUCAACUGCUUCAAAAGCAUUUUUUUAGCAAAUAGCGCCAAAUCUUCAAGUGGUUAAACUUUGGUUGUUGAAAAAUGUAAGUACAACGACGACGUAAAAAAUUCAAAAGGUUACUUUGCUGUUAUGAAAAGAUAUGUGGCCUGCAGUAUGAGCUGAAACUUUACUGUUAUGAAAUGUCGUUAUCCAAAUGUCUACAAGUUUUUAAAUAUUUUUUAACAGACUGUUAUUGAUGAAUCACUAGCAACUUCCUUACCAA